AUCUUUUUAUUGUAUGUUGAUGCGCAGAGGCAUUCAGUAAAGUAACUUACUAAAAAACAAUAGUUCUCGUUGAAAGACGUUUUCUACAAUCGACUUUUCUCGCCAUUUUAGUGCCGCAAGUUUCACCCCUUCAGUAUUUUUCUUCCUUUUAGUUUGCUUUUAAAUUUUGCUCUUAUAAUCUGAAACAAAAUGGCUCUAGACGGUAGCGCUAAAUGUAUCAAACUUCUUCUUUUCGCUUUCAACGUCGUAUUUUUUAUUAUGGGCAUUGCAUUGAUCGUUCUGGGAGCUGUCGUUAAGAGUACAUAUGGAAGUGUUUUCACCAUAACGAAUAAUGCGUUGACAAGUGCUCCAGUUAUUGUAAUCAUAAUUGGAUGUAUCAUCUUCCUCAUUGCUUUCUUUGGCUGCUUUGGAGCUAUCCGAGAGAGCUACUGCAUGAUUACUACUUUCUCCAUUUUCAUGGGAAUAAUCCUUAUCAUGGAAAUUGUUGCCGCUAUCUUAGGCUAUGUCUAUCGCGCGGAUGUCAAGAAAGUACUGGGUAGCUCUUUUGAUAAGGCGUUACACAAUUAUAACAAUCACAAUACUUCGGCAACCGCCAAGGCUUUCGACUUUUUGCAGAGAACCGUCAAAUGUUGUGGAUCUAAUAACUAUACUGACUGGUUCGAUGCGCGUUUUGACGGUAAUGCGAUCAGCGUUCCAGAUAGUUGUUGUAAGACAAUGUCCGCAGGCUGUGGAUAUGAUAUUGGACAAAAUCCCAACUUAAACAAUAUCAUCUAUUCUAUGGGUUGCGUUAACAAACUGAGCCAGGACGUUACAAACAAUCUCGGCAUAAUCGGAGGCGUUGCAAUUGGUAUUGCUUGCAUACAGAUUAUCGGUAUCGUCUUCGCUUGUUGCUUAAUGCGUAGUAUUCGAUCUGGCUAUGAACAAGUUUAAUUUCAAUGCAAUAUUUGCUUUAUGACAGAAGCGUUGUCUUCUGUUAUUAUAUUUGAUAUAUACUUAGCAUUAAAAAUUAAUAAUGCUGUAGCUAGUAUGCUUUGUCUAGUAUGAAUAAAAUGCUUAAUUAUACUUAUUUAGCCUUAUUUGGUACUACUGGAUUUAUAUAUUGUUAGAAACGAUACGAAAUGUCUCUCAAUCACGAAAGAUUCUGUGUAUACAUUUAUCUUUGUAUUUUCUAAUGACUCUAAUUGUAUUAGCCUUUCUAAUUGAAGUGGUACUACCUUUAUUUGUAAUCUACAGGACUCUGAUAUGCUAGCAUUAUUGUAGAAUAUCGUAUAUAUUAAAAU